GGAUGUUUAGGAGAAAGGAUAAAGACAAUGCGCUCAAGGUCUCGAGCAAGAUGAGCAAGUGAGUAUCUUUUUUUUUUCUCCCAGAGGAGUUUAAGAAUUUAAUGCAGGUACAAGUCCGUGUGAGUGUGGUGACACUUAAUCUCAGUCACCCACCCUCCUCCAGUCCUUCCCCAGCUUAGAUCUGUGUCAUGUUUCCUCUGCAUACAGAUGUCCCCUUUCUCCCUCAGUGCUGUGGUUCACCUUAUGUUACAUUUAGAGCGAAAGACAUUUUAAUAAAACGUGUGCUCACACUGAUUUGAAGUGAAGUCAAAGUUAAUCCUCAGUGGUGGUGAAAGCUCAUUGUGGUGUUUGGCAGGUUGUUGACGCGACCUUAAGGUCAGGUUUACUCUGUAAGCACUAGACGUGAUAUGAAAAUGUUUAGGUAAAAAUGAAAGUCACUGAGGGAAAAAAACUUGUCAUCAUGCUUUCUUAGCAAGCUGAAAUCAUAACUGCAGGGUCAAGUUUCUUCCUCGGUGGACUGUUGAUGAUCUUACUCACAGCCAGCCGGUAUUUACUCGAACUUUUCUGUCUUGCUUUUUAGACGUAUCAAAAUAGCUCCUAACAAGCUGUGGAAGAAGGGAGCAGGUGACUUUGCUCAAUGUUUCUAAAGUCGUUUUAUAAUAUGAGUUGGAUUACUUGAAUUUAAUUAGGAGAUGCAAACAGUGGUGUGAAAAUGAUCACUUUGUGUUCAACCGCAUAUAAAGAUGUAAGACGAGCUCCUUUAAACACACUAAAGUCACAGGAAGUGAUGAAGACAGGUUCAUUUUGUCGUCUUUUGCCUGAAGGUAAUUUCAUUUGCAUAAAAGCUUUAAAUCAAGCUUUAAUACAGGAACACGAUGAAGGAAACAUAGUAUGAGCAGAUUCAUUCAGCUGCCAAUUAACUUCGUAAUUUCUCUUUUCCACGCCUGUCUGUCGCACAACCCUGACUUGGCAUCAGGCGGCGACCGGCUUCUUCUUCUUCUUCUUCUUCUUGGAUGUGUCGUCUCCAUGCUUAGGUGUGAUGAGGGCUGGGCGGUCUGUGCUGCUCAGCUGGUUUCUGUCUCUCAUGUGGGCGUUGGUUCCCAACUGUACUUGAUGAUGUGACACAGAAAAUGAAGCGCAGCUCGUUGAAUCAAUUAAAACCGUAUAAAGUAGGGCAUGGAGGAAAUGAUUAUUUAAUUUGUGAAUCAUCUCUGGAACAUUUACUCGUUAUGUAACCAAGUCAUUGUUUUAUGCCACAAAGUCAAGACAACAAUUUCUCUUGGACUAAGUUUUGUUUGUGUCUGACUGGGGUUGUCAUGCUACCAGGAUUCAAAACGUCGGUACAACAGUACCUGUUUCAAUGUCGUAGAAACACCAACAACUGUCGCUCUUCUUUAUCACCACAUGACAAACAGUGCUGAAAGGAGACAGACAUUAAACACUCUGAAAAAUAACACAUAUUGUAACCCCUGUCAGUGCUUUGUUUUCAUUACUUUAUCUCCAUGUAAUCUGACAACGGCUGUUAAACUAUGACUAUAGAUCUGCCUAUAUCAUGAGCUCAGGUCAUUUUUGAUACCAUCUUAAGAAAAGAAAGCAUCAUAGUCUAAAUAACAGUUAAAAAAUUGAAUCCAUGUGUCAUUACCAUUCAUUACCUGAAAGAUUUACUGAUUUUCUGGACUGUUGAUAAAAUACUGUCUAUUUACAGGUAGUGUUGUCUAUUUGUGGGUCAGCACUGAUGUUAGCUGCUGGAUAAAUAUAGAAAUAUUGUUAUUUUUCUGUAUUAAACAUUAGUAAUAGAAAAUGGACAGUAACAUGUCAGGGGUGGCUACAUAGAAGUGAAUAGAAUCUGAGAGUCUGAGGUCUGAUUUAAGUCGGCCAUCUUGUUUGGCUGUGGUGGUCUGCCGUUUGUGUCAAAGCUAACAUCGUUGGAAAUUUAAAAGUAUAAUUUCUAAUCUGCAGAGAACUGUCAGCUCUCAGUCUCUUCUAUUAGGAUUGAAAUUUACCUGAAAACUGAAUUUUAAUCACACAACCUUUAUUAUUUUUAGGAAGUCAAAGAGUCUCACAUGUCAAGAUUUGGUCUUUGUCUUCGUCUCGCCCGUAAAAUCAAGAAAAUUGGCUUGUGGAUUAAGUGCGAGCUAGGAGGAGUGGGAGUGAGCUGGGAGUGUUUGAGUUGCGAGCUAUGUGAUUUUGUAACCGACUUUAAAAAACGCAGACAAGCCCUUCUAAAUUAUGCGGGUUAUCCAGUUAUCCUUCUUUCUAGUCAAAUCAGUCAUAUGUAGCUGCUAGCUUAGCUGCUAUGGUCAUUCACGUAACAUUCAAGUCAAUAAAGAGACAGUCAAAUGAUUAUUAUACUCAUUAUGUAACAAAACAGACAGCGUGUUUUCUUUAGCCAGCUGCUGUUUGGCUUUUUGGUUCCUAUAAAAGUCAUCAGUUUAAGCAAAACUUUAAACGUUAUGUUUAACAAAGCAAAGCUCCUCUGUGUUCGAUGAAAGCAAAGAGUAACCACAGGUGGAACACCUCAGAUCACCUCACACCUUUUAUUUCCAGGGAAACAACCCCACAACAAAGGAGAUACCAAGCACAUGUUGCAUGAUGUGUCCAGAGAUCCCAAAACUUACUCUACUCGAGUCCAGUCACAUAAAAAUUAAAUGUUUAGAAUUUGGGUCAGCAAUCAGACCCUACCAGUAGAUACUGUUUGUAUGUUUAAGAUCAUGAACUAUUAUAGUGCUUCAUUUACUGAGAACUGUUGGUGGUUUUUGGAAAACAAACGUAUGAGCAUCAGACGUGAAAAGAGAAAAAAAUAUUAAUUUAGCUCUAUCAGAUCAUUUAGACUUUUAUGAAUGGCUUUGGUGUGCACCCACCCACACACACACACACACUUGGUGCCACCUCUGCAUACCUCAAUGUGUCUAAGAUAAGAUAAGGAUAAAGAACCUAGAAUAGUCUGAAUAGCAUUUAUUGACCGUUUCUUUUUCUACAAAUCAUAACGUUUGUAAAUCCACACCUCAGCAGAGUGGGAGUGUAAAUGACUUCCAGACUUUCAGGACUCAAAAAGAAAGAUAUAGUUUCAAUAGUCAGAGUACAAAAUAAUGUGCAAUGUUGAGUAGUCAAAUAAGUAAAAAGGCGACUGUUUCAAAACUGCAGAAUAAUCUACCUCCUCUAGAUAGACAGGUAGCAGAUCCAAGAUUAUAAUUUAGGUGAAGCAACUGGGUUGGGAGGGGGAACGUGCCACCCCAGCCCACCUGUAGAAACACCCCUGCUGUAUAAUAUGAGAUUUUUUUAAAAACCCAGAAACUCUUAGACUUUAUCGCAUAAACGGAGAAAUGAUUUUUCCAAGACUCUCAAAAAAACUCACAUUGUGAUUACAUUACUGCUCCAUCCAACAAUUAUGUUAAAGUUAGACGUUAAGAGGGAAAUUAUAUUUUAAGAAAGUAAAUAAUACUGUAAGGAAGGGGCAGGACUAGUGUGUUUCUUUCCCCAUUUUAAAUUUUGCAUACAAUCCCUGCAAAGAUACUUUUUUAUUUUUAAAUUAAGAUAUGUUCAAGAUGAGGAUUAAAUCAAUUAACUGACUCAUACUCUGAUGACUCUUAACAUAAUGAUGCUCAAUAACCAACCGUUUUUUGCCAUUUGUCCGACAUGUGCAUGUGAGUUUGGGUGUGUGUUAUGUGUGGGUGGGUGAAUGUGUGUGUGUGGAGCACAUACCUGUCCCUCCUGCUGAGUGAGCAGGUAUAGGGAGGCCUUUGUCAGAGCAGCUGCAGAACCAGCUGAGUGAGUCAGAAGAAGACUUUGGUGUCGUUGCAUUCCUCUUGGUCCAUCAUUAAGGAGCUGUGAGAAGAUGCUUUGAUAUAGGAUGUUGUCAGCCUCAUAAAUCUGCCUGGCAUGACAUUAGCUUGUUUUCUCCCUAAGGCAGACACAACUUUGCACUCUGAGCGAGCUUUGGUAUGUGGGUCGAUUAGCUGACAAGGUAUGCUGUGGUGUACCUACAUUUUUUGGUUUGGGUUGUUACGUGUAAGACUUAUGGUCUGAAGUUUAAGAGCAUGAAUGAAGGAAGUCUGUUCGGGUUGUAAAAUUCUGUAGCAUGAAUUCACGGUGAGAUGAGCAUUAGAACAAGUGUUACGAGUCAAAUACCAUGUCACUUUUAAAAAGAUUUAUUGUGUCUGAGUGGAGAGCAUUGUUGUUGUGAUUUAGUAUCUGCAAACCUCCAGAAGGAAGUGAUAAUUUUCUAAUUAUAUCUUAUCAAGGUGUGAAAUUCUGCCCAUAAUAGAGAUGUUGCCAAUAGUUUAUGAAUACAGAAUAGAAAAUGAGUUUUCCCAUGUUCUGUGGUAGAGAAGCACAGGAUAAUUUUAUAAAGGCUACCUAAACCGGCAAGUUUGCAGAUUAGAAUUUUACCAUAAUCAAAACUCUGCAAACCUCAUUUGUUCAAUACUUAAAUUUAGCUUCACUCCAAGUCUGAUCCCACCAGGUUUUUAAACUCUUCACCCUGAAAUACAAAGUAUGCAGUUUUUACAAUGCAGGUCAUCUGUCAGUACCAGCCAUGUGAAUCUCCCCACCUUUUGUCUUACCUGCAUGUCUUCACGCUGAGUGGCACAGAGGGAGUGACAACCACAGGCAGCCUUUGGGGAAUGGUUAGCAUGUAAGGAACUCUUGAAGGGCAGCUCAGGUGAUAAAAAAACAAGAGAAAGUCUCCUGGCACUCUACUACCAACUCAGUUACUUUAGAGGCAGUGUGCCAGAUCCUGAGACAGUGUGAGUCAGAUUACAAAAGAGCAAGAAGACUCAGAGGACAUGGUGUUGUUAAAUAAUCUUCAAAUGUCUCUCAUCUUCGAACUGUGUAUAAAACUAUUACUGGGAUGUUUUUUUAUGACCAUGAAAGUAUGUGACCUCAACGAUAAAAUAAGAAGUCCAUUAAACGAGAAAUACAAACUCACAUAUUUAAGCACACCACUUUCAACUAUGUUUUACAUUGUCAACAUUACGAUUUUAAAAUGUUCAAGACCAAGAAUAGGAAAAGAAUUAAAUAAUAUUCAAGCUAAAUUACGAAUAGUAUUUAAAGACAGCCCGGAAAAGUCCUAGCCAUCUCUAAAGGUGGAGUCAUUCCUCAGACUCUGAGGAUUUGGGAACAGUUUUCAGAGGUCUUUGCUUCUGUUGUUGUCUGUGAUCUCUCUGACCUCCCCUCUUCACCCCUGCAGGGCCCAGGCCAGCAGCCUGCAGCAGCUGGUCUCACAGAUGCAAAAGAAUGCCGACCAGGUGGAGAAGGAUAUCCUCCGAUCUGAGGAGCUGCUGGCUGUGGUGAGAGCAAACACAUUGAAAGGCCCUGAUCAUAAACUAUAAACUAUGAUUAUUGGCAGCCCUGACUUUAUGAAACCAAAUUUUCUCCUAUUUAAUCCAGGAUGCUGAGAAUGACAAGAAAGAACUGGAGCUCAAGCAUCAGGGCGAGAUCUCAGAGCAUCUGGGUGAGGCUGAGGGUCUCCUCAAAGACCUCUUCCUCGACAUCGACAAAGCCAAAAAACUCAAACAUCCGCAGGCCAGAGAGAUUGAGACCGAGUAAGUCAUUACAAAUCUGCUGAAAAACAUACAAAUACAUACAGUUUUGUUUAAAACCAUAAAAAUACUCUAUUUUGAAUCUUUAAAAAGGUCAUUCACUCUCAGGUUCACAACAUCUCCUCAACACAUACAUCAUCUGUUUCCAGCCUGAAGUUAAUGCUAAUAUUUUAAAGGGGCCAAAAGGUUCAGCAAAGAAUAAUAAAAUAGGAUUUAUCAAUCUCGUCUUUGUCUGUUAAUCUGAGUCAACACAGGAAUACAAAAGACUACAUCAGAAAUCAAGAAGGAAAAAUAUAGAGAUUGAAAUAUAUAAAUAUUCACUUAAACUUUUUUAGAGUUAUAUCAUUCACUCUGUAUUUGUUUAUUUAAGCAUGAACACUCACUGUCUCUGUAAAUACUCACUUUACUGAUGUGCUCUGCUCCUCAGUGUCAUCACGCUCCACACCCGCUGGCUGAAGGAUUGCGCCUUUUACAGAGACGUCUACGAGCAGAUUGAUGACGUGUCAAUGAUGCCCAGAAUUGAGUGGGGGCCUGUUUUCAACGAGAAACAAGUAAUGACACUGUCUUAAUAAUUUUGGAUCUGUGUGAUUUAAAAUCAUCUCUGUUACCCUUAAAGUAAAACAUUAUCAGUGUGUUUAUUCCAGCUCUAUCUCACAUGGGUUGCUCUGCUGCCGUAAAUCCAUACUCACAUACCAAAUGUGGUUUCAUCAAAUGCUUGUUUUUUUUUCUUAGAUUAUCAAGCACAUUAAAUAAUGUUAAUGAACAAGAAAAAAAUGAUAAUACAGACAAGGAAAAACAAGUGGAAAGUUAUGGUUUCUGUCACUCUCAAACUUCCAGUGAUUUUUUUUUUUAGUUUGUUUUGUUUUUCAGACUAAUUGUUUUUCUCUGGGAUCAUGAUCAUUUAAAAACAGACACUUUCAUCCCCUCUGCUCCAUUUAUUGGAAGCAAACAUUUUUACUUUCUUUUGGGUUUGAGACACUGGGAGAUACUCCUUUCUUUAAGUCAGAUCGAUGAAAUCAUCAUAAGUUUGUCUACUUUGCGCAGGCACCUCAGGAUUUGCAUACCCUAUGUUUAACUUAUAACAUGCUUUACUCUCAUUGACCAUGUGAUCGAAGUAAUCUAUUGUAUAACCUGAUUGUAUGAGAUUCUUGCAGGAUUUUGAAGUAUCUCGCUUAAUUAGGGGGGAAAAAUUGUCAGAAAAACAGAGAGACGAAUAAAAAAAUAGUAGGAAAAAUAUGAUAAAAAUUUGUCUGAAAAACAGAAAGGGGGAAAAAAUAUUAGUACAAAAAAAACAGAAGAAGAAAAAAUUAUUCAGAAUGAAAGAAAGCAGAAAAAAAUAAGUCUGAAAAAUAGCAAAGAAAAAAAUUGCUAAAAAAAAAUUCCUUUAUUUUGUUUUAUUUAAUUUUUUGUAGGUGAAUGCAAUAUGCUUUCAGUAGUUUAUAAUACAUUGACAUUACUGUUAACUUUGCAGGACUGAGCUUUUCUUCUUUGUAUAGUUAACUUAAUCAUUUUUAAGUGUUUGAAACUAACUUAUUAAUAGGAUUGGUUUGUUUUUGAAAAAGUAAAACCUUAUCCUCCAAACUUGUUAUUUCACAGUAAUCCAUCAAAGUUUAUCUCCUGUCAAACAUGCACGACACACUUGAUAUCUUCCCACAAACAUUCUCUGCAUGUUUCAUUCAGUAACCUGCUUCACUCACUCUCAACACCGUGACAUAAACACACAAACCACAAUGGGGACGGUUACGAAACACACCUGAUCAAUGAGUGUGGUCUCCCCGUCACGUUGCCCUCUAGUGGUUAUCUCUACAUCCCGCUGACUGUGUUCUCCUUAUGCGUGUGUGUGAUUUCAGAAAGAGGUGAACUCAGAGGAGUACGGCCCUACCAUGGCUGAUCUGGAUAAGCAGCUCGCCCAGCACAACAUCCUGCACAAACAGGUGGAGGCUUACAACUCGCAGCUCUGUGUCAGCUCAGCAGGCAGCAAGGUAAACAACUGUAUUUACUGUAUACAUGAAAACACGGAAACAAAGACCCACACAGAUCAUGCUACAGUCAAUCAGCAGCUGGUGAAAAGUUGUUUAUGUUUCUAUCUUGUCUUUCAGGAAAAAUAUACAGCCCUGAGGAAACAGUACAACAAUCUGCUGGUGAGUAGAGCCAUACAUGUGUAACAUUAAGAUUGGGAAAGUUACGAUCAAACUCUGUAGAAAAAUCACUUAGUAAAAAAAGUCUGGACAAAACAAGAUUAGGGCCACAUAAAGAGAAAAAAAUAAUUACAGGACAGAGAUUUUUUAAAUUAAAAAUUUGGAGAUUAAAGUUGAAAUUUUAAAAAGUAGAAAUUUCCACUUUAUUCAUGUCGACUUUAAUCUCAAAAUUUUAAUUUUUUAGUCUUGAAAUGCCGACACUAUUUACAUUUUGUAAUCUCCAAAUUUUGCCUUUAAUAUCAAAUUUCAUUUUCUAAUCUUAAAAAUUUCCACUUUAUUGACAUCAUUUUGAUUUUUUAAUGCCGAAAUUUUGACUUUAAUCUUAAAAUUUCCACUUCAAUCUCCUUCCUGUAAUUAUUUUUCUUCUCCUCACGUGGCCCUUAUCCUCUUUCAUAGGUUUGACAGAUUUCUGCGGCGGUAAUUUCAAAUUAAACCUGCGUAUUUGAGUGUUUUAGAUUUCAGUAUACAGUAUUUUUUCUUUUAUUGGUUCAACUGGAUUAAGCCAUUAUUUAUGCAGAUAAGCAAAAACAUUUUUUUCCCUCAAAAUAGAAUUUGAUACACUUGGCUUUUCAGGUUUUAUUUAAUGUGUUUUUAAUUCUCUCUUCAGGAUAACUCAAAGUGGCGUAAGCACUACCUGAACAGCCUACACGAGUACAUGCAGGGCUCCAACAAAGAGCUGACCUUCCUUGGAGAAGAACAAGAAAAGAUCAAAAACCAGGACUGGAGCGACCAUAUGGUUGACCCUCCUGAUGUUCGCAGACAGUACGAGGUCAGAACUGUGAUAAUUGUGAGUAUUAAUACUGAGGUGAUGGAAAUAAUAUAAAUAACCAUGUUUUAUUUGAUCUCUACCAGAACUUUAAGAACAACAACCUGCUGUCCCAUGAGAACGAAGUGAACAAACUCCAGGAUGAAGGAGACCGACUCAUCGACAUGAAACAUCCUGCCAGCGCCGCAAUACAGGUACACGGAUUUUACCAGAGGAGGCUCUUGGGGGGGCCAAAGUGUAAAGCCCGACAAACUGCAACUUGUUUAUGUUUCAUUCAUUCACAGACUCAGAGGGAUGCUCUUCGAAACGAGUGGCAGAAGUUCCUCAAUCUCUGCAUUUGUCAAGAGACUCACCUGGACAAUGUGGAGGAAUACAAGAGGGUAAAUAUGGAACACAAAACAUCCACAAUAACUUGAUUUUUUCCAUGGUUGGAUAACUUUUUUUUAAGGGAUUACCAGAUUCAUGUUUUUCAAGAAGUGUAACAACUAAAAACCAGCACCUUUUCUAGUAUCAACUGGAGUCGGAGCAGCUGUCGGAGAAACUGACCAAGCUCAACAACAGCCUGGACCCAAAGACUGUCAGCCAGCAGAGCAACGCAGAGACACUGCUGCAGCUUGAGGUACAGAUGAACUUUCAUUGUCUCAGACUGAAUCGCAGGAUACAUGUGUGACGAAGAUUUGUUGCUACCUGCCAUGAGAGGAGUAUUUGUAUGACCUUAUUUCCCUCUGUGUUCGCUCCCCAGGCGGAGGAGAAGGCUGUGCAGAACUGUGAACAGCACCUGGCCGACCUGAGGAGACGCAGCACCACCAUCGCUCCUCUGAAACUACGACGCAACCCCCCCAACAGACCCAUCACACUGGAGUCCCUGUGUGACUGGGAAACAGAUGAGGUGGAGCUUCUUAACUUUGAAAGUUUGUCAGGAGUUUAGAGAAGAGGCUUUAAAGGGAUAUUCCAGCGUAAAAUUAAUUUAGGGUCAAACACACUGUAACACUGAGUUAGACACCCUAUCGAGAGAUGAGUGUUGCCGACCGCUUGCUUCUCUAGUUAUACCAACUCUAGUAAAAACCACAGGAUAGCAAUACACAGCCGUCUGAGGAGCCAUCAACAAACCUCAAUUUACACCGGAAUAUCCCUUUAACAAUACAAAGCUGAGAUGUUUUAGCAAUACUGAGUGAUGAUUUUGUUGUCAUCUUUGUUCAGGCCUCUCUGUCCAGAGGGGAGAAGGUCACCCUGAAGUCUAACUCAGACCCACAGAACUGGGUUGUUACUGCCGGUGAUGGAGCAACAAAAACCUUCCCAGGAGUCUGCUUCCAGAUUCCUCAACCUGAUUCAGAAGCCAUCGACAAAGUCGACCUGUUAGUAAAGAAAUGCUGUGUUAACAUGUAGAAAAAUCAAAUUAGAAAGAAAAACAUGUCAGUAAUCCCUCUGUUGUUGGUUUACUCAUCAGGCUGGGAGGUGAACUGGCAGACAUCAAGAAGAGAAGAACCGCUCUUGCUUCAUCCCUCAAGAAUCACAAAUCAGCACCCUCCAGGGCCUUACAAUCAGGUUCAUAUGUUUUCUAAGUCCUUUUUUUAUUUAUCAGGCCAUUAUCCUUUAAUAAAUACCCUUAUUAUGCAGCACUGUUGGUUCUGUAGACCAAUGACCACCAAAAAGGGCCGAUGGAUCUAUAAACAUUUAUACAUAGAUUUUUACUCAUUAUGGUUUUAAUUUUUUUAUGUUUCUUUGCUCUUUUGCUGUAAAACAAACGUCCUAAUUGGAAUUCCUUUCAUGUGUUUUUUACAAUCACUGCAGAAUCUCCUUUUUGUUUAAUACAAGUUCUCCUUAUCUUUUUCUUUUUCAGCUCCACCAUCCUCCGUCCCGCCUGAUCCCAAAGUCACAGCUCUGGCUCAGCAGCUGGACCAGCUGGACGGUGACCUGGCCAACGCUGAGGAGAGCAUGCUGAACCGCCUGCGUUCCCCGCUUAGCCGCAGUGACCCAGCUGGUGAUCUCGCCAAGAGGCUGAAGGAACAGGAGGUGAGAGGAACUUACUAGCUUUGAUGUCAACAGCCAUGAUGCUUGAUUUUACAGCAUAAAUAACUAAAACUUGUUACACAAAUACACCCAUUUUUAAAGGACACAUACUGUACAACUUACACUGUACAACCUACACAAAAUAAACCAAAAACACACAUGAAUUUAAAUGAUAUGCACACAUCCAUUACAUUUACAACUCUAAAACAUAAAACUCUUUAUUUCAAGGAAUUUAUAUUUGAAUGUAAAUAUGUGAUGUUAAAUUCUGGUCAGGGUUUAGAAUGGAUGAACAGGAUCUUAGUUAGAGUAUUAAUGAAUAUCACUGAAUAAAUAUCAACCUGUGUCGCUCACAGGAAGCUCUGAAGGCUCUGAAGGCUUUGGAGCAGCAGAAGCAGGCAGCUCAGGCUAGCCUGGGGCCCCUACUGUCCCAAGACCCCAGCGGUGCUUCCUCCGCACUGCCGCUCAAACUGAACGACACCAACAACAAGCACGACGGCAUCGCAGCCCUCGCUGACCUCUAUGGCAAAAAGUAAGUGUGGUUUUUGAAGAUUCACAUUUGCAGAGUUUUUUGUGUUAAAUCAAACUAGUUCAUAUACUAGGCUGUCCUUCUUUGUGUGUAUCUAUCUCUUAAACAUCUGUCAUGUUCUUCAGGGCAAAUGCAUCUCUCAACUUGGAGAAUCAGAUAAAGAAGGUGGACGGCCUUGUCUCUGGAUUUGAGAAAAACCUGAGUGACGAUGGUCCAAUAACUGAUGUACCAAAUGCAAUCCAAGCCCGAGCCGAUGAAAUCCAGGUGUGUGGAUCAGCAAUAUUUCCCCACACAUAAAGCCAUUCCUUUUCUCGUCAAUUCUGUUAUAUAUUUGACAUAUUAACUUGUAUGUCUCUCUGGCUCACUGUAGGCUCAGAAAAAGGCAGUGGCUGCUGCUCAAGAUGACAUGAAGAAGCUGAGUCAGGAUCUAGAGGCCACAGAGAAGCUGUGCGGUAAUCUCCAGCAGGGCUACCAGGAGUACUGCCCCGACAUUCAGCGUCAGAGAACAGAAGUCAAGCUGCUGCAAAACCGUUACGCUAAUGUGGCGAACCAGCUGAAAGAGAGGUACGAGUCAGACCGUGGUUCACCUGUUCAGUCACUUCAGUGCGUCACAUUUAUACAGGUUUAUCUCAGAAAGACUUUUAUUAAUUCAAUCAGAUGGUUCAAAUUUGGUCACAUGGUAAGAAAGUCCAAACCCCCAGUGACGUUACGCCUUUCUAGGUUGGCCUUUUGUAUUAAACCACAUAGUUUACAACAGAAAAGAAAACAAUAAAAAAUGGUUUUGUGAUUCUUCUAACUUGACUAAGAUUUAAACUAGCUGUACCUGAUAUAAAAGUGUUUAAGUAAAGGUAGUUAAAAUGCUCACUUAACAAUACCGAGAUUUUCACAAAGAAAAUUCCUUCACUGUUUAAUCGUCACAGAGAGAGCAUCUUACAAGAAGCUGCAUCCAAAAAUCAGGAGUUCCAGAGCACAAGCAGAUCCCUCAAAUCUUUCCUGGACGGUCUGCCCAAUAGUCAGAUGAGUCCUAAUGAUGACCUGUCUCAAGUUUCUGCCAUGCAGAGCUCCCAGGAGGUAAGGCCGCUCACACCUUUUUUCUUUUUUCUCUUUCUCUCUUUGCUUGUAUGUCAACGAUCUUUAAAGAUAGCAGCUGUCAAGUGAAAUGAUGUGAAAUAAUGAGAUUUAAACGAUUAAUCUGCUGUGUUUUUAUUUUCAUCAUAGAGGGUAGGGGAAGACCUGAAGAGGAAGGGAGAUGACAUGGACAGAGUGGCUGAUGUGUCUCGAGACCUGCAGUACCUACUCAGCGUAAGGCUCCAACUAAUAACAAUAAAUAAUAUUAACAGAGGGAAGAUUCUGUUGCAACAUCAGAUUUUACCCCGAGACUACAUGAUUUACUAUAUUCCAAAUUAAACAGCCAUUUUUUAACUGUCUACCCUGUGAAAAAUAAGCGUGUUUUUUCCUCACGUGUGCAGGAAUAUGAAUCCAACGUUGACAAAUACAACAGUACACUCGAAGAUUCUGGAGCUACUGUUGCUAAGAGGUCUCGCCUGCCUACACUGGCUGAAGCCGUUGAGAAAGAGGUAAUGUCUUCUUUUUUUUCUCUCUCCGGAAAGACUUUUUGCUAAUAUUUAUUGAAAGAUCAUAAGUCAUUAUGUUUUUGUGUCUUUUGUUUUACAGGAAAAGGAUCUGGUGAACCGUUACGCUGAAGCAACAGCUGAAAGUUCCCAACGGCAAAAACAGAUGGGCUUAGCCAAGAAUCUACUUUUACAGGUAAGAAAACGAGACAUAAAUGAGGAGGUCUUUUAUCUUAACUCAACUGUAGAAUAUGAUCACUAUAAUACCAAAGAGGAUUAGGGCCACAAGAAGAGAAAAAAAACAAUUACAGGAGGGAGAUUUUUUUAAAAUUUCUAUUUCGAGAUUGAAGUCGAAAUUUGAAAAAGUUUAAUUGAAAUGUCGUAGCCCAUGGCUUAAAUUUGUCGUUGCCAUCCAUGUGCCAGAGUGCAUUGGGUCCGGGCUCGUCUGUGCCUUCAGGAUCAAUCAACUUGAUCAGUUGUCUUACUGUAUCUUGCGAUACAGCAUAUAGCCUCGAUGUAUAGCAUACAGGUGUAACCAUAGAAAACCCUGCAUCUGCAUCAGCAUCUUUGGCACAGUCUUUUCAGAAUCCAAAUACUUAGGACCACACUGUGUUUGUGUGCUAAAAGAGCAAGGAUUUCCUUGUUACUAAAUCCGAUUCUAAAGUACAGCUUUACUAACUGAUCUACAGAGGACGUGUUGUCGAGUGACGGGCGACAAUGCUGUUGAUUCAUUAUCAUUAAUCUCAACAUUACGACUUUAUUAGUGAAAUUUCGUCUUUAUUUGUGUUAACUUUAUUCUCAAAAUUUCAAUUUAAUCUUGUUCCUGUAAAAAAAAUGUUCUCUUCAUGUGGCCCAAAUCCUCUUUCGUACUGUAAACGUGGAGCUUCUGUACAUCACUCUAUAAAUAAAUCAACUUAUUGCCAUUUAAUUCAUUUGGGUUUUCUGAAUGCUGCAGAGUGAAGAAAAGGUCACUAUGGUGGCACAGCAGCAAGUGCAGCUUGAAAACCAGCAGAGAAGUGCUGUGGAUGCAGAAACUCUGAAGAAGGAGCUUGACGAAGAGAAGGAGCGGAUGUUUCAUGUCCAGACUGAGCUGAGAACCUACACAGAGAGGCUGCUGUCGUUGAGAAAUCGCAGAGGAGUAGAGCGUGUCGAGGAGAGAGAGGUGGUGGAGUACUACCGUGACCCAAAACUGGAAAGUGAUUUGGCUGAUCUGCAGAAAAGCCUGCAGGAAGAGUCCGUGAGGCGUAGCACCAUCCACACUGAGGUGGAUGUGUUUAACAAAAAAAUCACCAUCCUAGAGGAAACCCUCCAAAGCACUCCACCCAAACUGGUAACCAGAGAAGUGACAGAGUUUGAGAAGGAUCCACAGCUGGAUAUAGAGGCUGCUAAGAUCAGAGAUGAAAUAUCAAGGAUGAGAAAUGACAUUAGAACGAGAGACGGAGAGCAAAUUCAGAUGAAGACGGAAGUCACAAUCCUCCAGCAGAAGCAACAGCCCAUUAGAGAGACGGUGGUUAAGAAGGAAGUCCUGAAAGUGGAGAAAGACCCUGAGAUGAUGAGAGCUGUGCAAACAUUUCAGACUGAGAUUUCCGAAGAGAACAACAAGGUCAGACUCAUCAAUGAUGAAAUCUUCCAGACAAGGAGCCAGAUCAAUGCUCUUGAGAGGUACAUCCCUAAUAUCCAGCCCAGGAUUGUCACAAAAGAAGUGAAAAAGAUAGAACAAGACCCAGAGCUCAUCAACGAAUCCUCAAGAAUGAGAGCCGGCAUGGAGGAGGAAAAAGUCAUAAACAGCACUUUGGCCACAGAGGUGAUGGAGCUCCAAAGCCGCUACAAGGAAGUUCAGACCUGGAGGCCAAAAGUUGAGGUGAAGGAAAUAGUAAAUGAGAUCUACCGGAUAGACCCCAACACAGAGGUGGAGAUAAUGCGGCUCAAGAAAGACAUCCAGGACACAGGCAGACUGCGCUCUGAUAUGGAGAGAGAGAUUGUCCAGGUCACAUCAGAAGUGAAUAUUCUCCAAGCUGAGAAACCCAAAGUGGAGAUUAAAGAAGUCCUCCAGGAGGUGGUGAAGGAGGAAAGAAGCCCUGAAAAUGAACGAGAGAUUCAGAGGCUUAACAGCCAAGUGAACCAUUUAUACAGCACUUACAGCACCCUGCAGGACCAAGUGAUCCGACUCAGAAGAGACAGAGAUGAUUUGAAGGCUGAGAAGUCCAAGGUUGAGACCAAACUGGUCACCAGAGAAGUCAUCAAGUAUGAAGCUGAUCCUCUGCAGGAGAAAGAAGCUGACCGCUUGAGAAAAGAUGUUCGUGAGGAAGCAAACCUGAGGCGCAGCAUUGAGGAGAUGGUGUUUGAUCUGCAAAACAAAUACAUCCUGUUGGAGAGACAGAAGCCUGAGGAGAAGGUGGUCAUGCAGGAGGUUGUGCGCUUACAGAAAGACCCAAGGCAGAUGGUUGAGCACGACAGGCUCAGCAGGGCCCUGGAUGACGAAGUCAAGAACAGGCGCCAAGCAGAACUGGAGUUGCAGCAGAUGAGAACAAAGAUUGAAGAGAAAGUGAGGUUCCUCAGAGAAAGUGAUGAGCACCAGAAGAGGAUUCAGGCUGAGUCUGAGCUCAGAGAGAUUCGCUUGCGCAUCACACAGUUGGAAAACGCCCCACCUCCUGUUGAGGAAAGCAUCAUCGUUGAGGAGGUACUGAAGGUUGAAAGAGACCCCAAACUGGACAGACUGACAAAUGGACUGCGGUCUGAUAUGGACAAGGAAACCAGUGAAAUCCUGCGUAUGCAGAGAGAGAUCCGUACCAUCACUCUCAGACUGGAGAUCCUGCGGAAAGAGAAGUCCGGUGAGAAGACAGUGUACAAAGAGGUGGUCCGUGUUGAGAAAGACCAGGCUGUUGAAGCAGAAAGGGAUCGCCUGAGAGAACAGGUUUCCCAGAGUAGAUUUGCCAGACAGGACCUGGAGGAAGAAAUGAGAAGACUCAAUGACAAGAUCAACUUCUCGAUGAGCAGCAAGUCCAGCUCUUCAAGGGAGGGGACGAGCCUGACUCUGAACAGAGACGCCUUACUAAGAGAGAAGGACAACCUCACUCGGGAACUCAGGACACUCGAGGCCAAGAGACAAGACACCAGUCUGUCAUUCCAACAGCAGAGCAAACUGAUGAGUGAGAGAACUCAGACGAACAGGCAGAAGAGUCUCAAGUUGGGGUCUGACGUCCAGCGAUUGGAGAGGGAGAUCUUGGAUGAAAAAGAUUUGAUCCAUAUCCGGGACAGCACCAUUCGGGACCUCCUGAUGAACCUUCAGAAGGAGGAGUUUGCGGAGACAAGAACUAAAGAGACCAACGUUUCUACUAAAAUCACCAUCCUGGACCCAGACACAGGCAAAGACAUGUCCCCGUAUGAUGCCUACCUGCAGGGAAUGAUCGAUCGCUCCCAGUAUAUUCAUCUGCAGGAGCUGGAGUGUGACUGGGAGGAGAUCACCUCCAGGGGACCGGAAGGAGAGAUAUCUGUACUGCAGGAUCGCAAGAGUGGAAAACAGUACUCCAUCAAAGAUGCUCUGAAUUCAGGAAAACUGACCGAGUCUCAGCUACAGCAGUACAAACAGGGCAGGCUUCCCAUCUCAGAGUUUGCCCUUCUGGUUGCUGGCGACACCAAGAAGACGCCUCAGUUCAAUUCGAUCACCUCAAGGUCCAUCACAACAGUAAAAUCCGCCCCAACAGACUUCUCCACUGUGAGAGAAAUUCAGCCCAUCGCCGGAGUAAUUGAUACAAACACCGACACUUGCUAUACAAUUCAAGGUGCUGCCUCUCGCAAACUGAUAGACGGUUCAACUGCCCAGAGACUUCUGGAGGCUCAAGCAGCAACAGGCGGCAUCAUCGACAUCAGCAACAACGAGAAAUGUCCACCUCAUAAGGCAUCUUCCAGAGGCCUCAUUGAAACCAGCCAACUUCAGAGGCUACUCAAUGCUCAAAAGGCCUUCACUGGUGUUGAGGAUCCCAUGACCAGAGAGUGUUUGUCUGUGGGAGAAGCUGUCCAGAAAGGCUGGAUGCCAAAAGACAAUGCCAUUCGCUACAUGGAGGCACAGCACCUGACCGGUGGCCUGGUCAACCCUAACACAGGUCGUCGAGUAAGCAUCAUGGACGCCAUCGGGUCCAAAAUGAUCGACAGCACUAUGAUGAGGGAACUGCAGGCUGAGUCGACCUACGUCAAGGAUAUUACAGACCCAAUCACACAGGAGAAGAUCAACUACAAACAAGCUCUGGAGCGCUGUAAGAGAGACCCAAAAUCAGGCUUACCCAUGCUGCCUGCCUCCUCCAAAGAUUCAGGUUACACCUCAGGCAACAAUAACAGAUACGUAAGAUUCUGAAGAUGUUUACGAUUUACUUAGGCGGUACCAUGGUAAAAACGUACCAUUAGAUUAUGGGGAAUCCAUACUAAACACAAAGCUUACUAUGUGCAUUUGACUCAGGAAGUCUUCUACUCCAAAGCUGUCUGUCUGUCUGUCUGCCAAAAUAGUAAUUGCUGAGCUGCUUUGUUUACUAAACCUAUGUGAUGCGGGCAGUUGUUUUUUUGAUUUAAUUUAAAGAAAAGAGAAUAUAAAUGCAUUUUAUCUGUGAUGUCAUUGUGUUAUUUGGGUUAAUGGGACAUGGUGCAAUUCUAUUUACCAAGAUUGAUUUGAUUCUGUAUUUCUCA